AUGCCACUGAACCGGAACAUCCAGAACAAAAAGGGCAUGACAGCCCUUGAUGUCUUACGAUCCAAUGGAUCUGACAUGAGCAAAGAUACAGAGAAAACCCUACAAAAUGCCGGAGGUAAGACCAAGGACUCUCUAUCCAAAGUGAAGACAAUGUCUGCUUUCCCAAGAAUACCACUCUCUUUUUGGGAAUAUUGCUCAACGGGAAUGGCACGUUAUAGAAGUCGUAUGUCGGAUGGAACACGUAACGCUCUUCUCGUGAUAACAGCUCUAAUAAUCACAACUACUUAUCAGACCGCUGUCCAACCGGAUGAAGACGAUACUGAGAACCCAGAAUAUAUAACUUAUAGCGAAUAUAUGAAGGCCAAGAUAUCAAAGAUUGUGAUACUAUGUGGAUUCAAUAGUACAGCGUUUUGCUUGGCUAUUGCAUUAACAUUUAUACUCUUACCAGUUGGUAAAGCAUACAAAUGGUGGUAUAUCUGUAUUACGCUGCCUCUCGUUUGUUCUUAUGCACUUUCGAUUUACUUGAAGUGUGAUUUCCGGUGGACGGUGAUCUCCACAUCGCUCGUCAAUGUAUACUUCGUGUUUAUACUUAGACUUCUCGUUUAUGUACUUGUAUUCUACGUAAGGUGGAAGCGGACUAUGCAGAAGAAUGUACCGGAACCCAAAACUGAGCUGCUUUCCGAAGAUUUCAAGACCAUGGUUUAG